CGGCUUUCACUGACUGUGACACGGGAACGUCCUUCCCUGACGCCUUGGAUGCUCACGGACAGUAAAACUGCAGUCAGCCAGCGGACCAGUGUGAAGCUCAGGAGUGGAUGACUACAGACGGUCCAUCAGCGAGCCCUGAGCUGGCUGAUCUCAGAGCAGAGAGGAAACCUUAUUUUGGGUGAAUGUGAGGGAGCUUUGGAGAGGUGUUGCCUGAAGGCGUUUCGAUUUCUGAGAUGUCAUUCAAACAAGCAGACGGGAUGUCCAUCGCCCAGGCUUUGGCCAUGACUGUAGCGGAGAUACCAGUCUUUCUCUACUCCACAUUUGGGCAGUCCAUAUUUUCCCAGCUAAAGCUUACACCGAGCUUGAAGAAGGUGCUGUUCGCCACAGCGCUGGGCAGUGUAGCUCUGGCUCUCACUGCUCACCAGCUGAAAAGACGAGGGAGAAAGAGAAAGCAGGUAACACAAGGAAAGGAAGGUCAGAAAACAGUGGGGAUACCUGAGGCGCUGCUGAAGACAGGAAGGCCUUCGUCAUUAAAGAGAGGUCAGUUUACUGGUCGACAGAUGAUGAGCCCCAGCACUCGGAGCAAUGACACCAUGAGUGGAAUUUCUUCCUUGGCUCCCAGUAAACACUCCAGUUCCUCCCACAGCCUGACAUCUAUGCGAGUCCCCAGCUCCCCAAAUCAAUCUGCAAAUCCGUCCACCCCCUGGGAGGCAGAGCCUGUGGUGGAAGAGUCAGGGGCCAUGGAGGACGCUAAUGCAGAGAAUCUCUAUAUAAUGGGAAUGGAGCUGUUUGAGGAAGCUCUGCGAAAGUGGGAACAGGCCUUGAACAUACGCCAUCCCACCAACUCGACCUCCAGCAGCAACAACAGCCUCGCUCUGCAGGGGGCAACGUGUGGAGACUUUCCCAUGGUUGAAGCUCGUAAUAAAGUGUUUGCUGAGAAGUUAGAGACGCUGCUGCACAGGGCGUACCAUCUACAGGAGGAUUUUGGCAGCAGUAUUCCAACAGAAAGUGUGCUGGCAGACUUUGAGAGUGAAGGGACUCUGAUCUUGCCACAAGUGGAGAGUUUCCACAGACUGCAAGACGAUGAUGCAACUACCGUUACCUCUGAUGACUCCUUCUUCUCGGCUGCAGAGCUGUUUGAUGCCAUGUCUCUAGAGGAAGUCUAUCGGCCACUGAAGCCGGCAGCCCUCUAUGAAGAAGCCUCGUCUCUGGUCCAGGAGGGCAAAGUGGCCUUUAGGUCCCUGAGGACUGAAUUACUUGAAUGUUACGGUGACCAAGACUUCCUUGCCAAGCUUCACUGUGUGAGACAAGCAUUCCAGGUCCUGUUGUUAGAUGAAACUCACCGCACGUUUUUCAUGGAGACCGGGAAGCAAAUGAUCGCAGGGUUAAUGGUGAAAGCAAACAAGAGUCCCAAAGCAUUCCUGGAGAGCUACGAGGACAUGCUGCUUUACACCCAGAGAGAGGAGACGUGGCCCGUCACCAAGAUGGAGCUGGAGGGCCGAGGGGUGGUGUGUAUGAACUUUUUCGACAUUGUGUUGGACUUCAUCCUGAUGGACGCGUUUGAAGACCUGGAGAGCCCUCCCUCCUCCGUGGUAGCUGUGUUGAGGAACCGCUGGCUCUCUGACAGCUUCAAAGAGACGGCUUUGGCAACUGCUUGCUGGUCUGUCCUGAAAGCGAAAAGGCGACUUCUUAUGGUUCCUGAUGGGUUCAUCUCCCACUUCUAUGCCAUAUCUGAACACGUGAGCCCGGUUUUAGCGUUUGGGUUUUUGGGACCCAGGCAGCAUCUAAGUGAAGUUUGCACGAUUUUCAAGCAACAAAUCGUGCAGUACCUUAAGGAUAUGUUUGAUCACGACAAGGUCCGCUUCACUUCUGCUCAAUGCCUGGCGGAGGAUAUCCUGAAGCUUUCCCACCGCCGCAGUGAAAUUUUAUUGGGGUACCUGGGAAUCGACAGCCUUCUGGAGCUCAAUGGUGCCCUGCCCAGGGAAAUAGAGGGCUCUUCAGGAAACAUCUAAGAUGAUUGGGGUCACUAAGAGUUUCACUGGGCUUGUGCAGGCCGACAGCAGUGGGCUGACAAGCGGGAACAGCAAAGGAGUCGCAGCUCAACACUUAAUCUGUUUCUGCGUUAGGACUGGACUGAUUCAUGCUGCUGUGACACACUGAGAACCAGCAUUAUUCAUUUAUUCAUCUGUGUUCAUUAAACACAAGCUCUGUAAUACGAUAUAGCCACCAGAUCUACAGUAUCACUGGUCCUUGUGCUAACGACGGAGACCGUUUGGAGGACUCCACGUCUCCCUUGUGUUGCUGCUUUGAUGCGUAUCAAGAAUGCCGACUGCAGUCAUGUAAUCACAGAUGUGUGAGGACUUGUCUCUGCCUUGUUGGGUGACAUGGACGCUUCUUAGAAACACACCUGACAGACGCACUUCGAACACACGAAGACUGGGCCUUCUACACAAUUGCUUCACAUGGAUCAAGUCUUCUCCGAGAUCUGCGUUCAUCACCCGUGAAAUCGGGUGGAAUAUCUUCGUUAUGUGAAAACCAACGGCGUGAGAGUCCGUACUGUGUGUUUCUAUGUUUUAUAUUAAAAAGGAGGAGGAUACUUGCGAACACAGUGAUGGUUUACGAGAACUCUGACCAACUGAAGGGUGGUGCUGCGUGAUACAAGAUGUGAUGAAUCUCCUCGUUUGUCCUUAAAUUCUCUUUAAUCCCUUGAAGUGUUUUUUGUUUUUUUUGUCACUUCGGUUGAGUCAAGCAGACUAAGAUGUGACAUAUCCAAGAGUUAAAUGCAAAAACACAUCAUGUAAAAGUGAAAACGUGUUAUUCAUACAGUCAGAGUGGACGCAGCAUUUGAUUCUAAGUUCCAGUUUGUGGCAGUGUAUGAAUGUUACCAGAUUUAAAUUGCAUAAAACAAAAAAAAAGCUUCCACUUCCAAUAACAGAGUACUAGAUGUGAAAACAUCUGUCUGAAUAAGAUAACAUAAAGAAUUAUUGUGGAAGAUGUUACAGAAAGCAAAUGUCUUGAACAGUGUGGCACUGCAGUACACCUGAGUGCUCUCAGGGAGUCAGAAGUGAGUUGAAAUCAAUACUGCAGUACUUUUCCAAAUACUGACAAUUAGUUUGUUCAUCAGCAGGUUGAGCUGCUUGAUUUGCUUCCAAAUGUUUGGGCUAAAAUUGUACAACCUGUUGAUCUUUAGUUCACUGAUUAAAAUUUUAAAUCGAGACUGAAAUGUUUUAAGCAAACGUAAACAAACAAAAGUUAUAGAAAGAUAUCAAUUUGUGUUUCAAGCGUAAAUUCUUUUGAAGGAUACUGACUGUACAUGAAUACAGGAUAUGUGGAUUAUUAGUGGUUUUCACUCAGUCGCAGCAGACAUGUUUGACUUGUUGUAGCAGGAAAAGCACAUGUAGCAGAGGUUUACUUCUAUUCAAGUGUCUCGUUUAAGGUGGACGAUGCGAUUUGAAUCCAUCUGUCAAAUUCAAGGGAAAUUUCCCCUCAUGAUAUGCUCAGUGUUGGUCAUAUGUAUGGUCUGAUGUAAAAAAAAAAAAAAAAGUCUGUGUGCAGCGCUGCCUCUGUAAAUGAGAAACAAAGGAAGCAGCUUUCACACAUUAUUCCAACUGUGCACGUUUGUGCUUGUGUGCAAGAUUGGAAAAAAUUUGCAGUGUGAGCGGGAGGGACAAUAAAUCUGGCGACUAUUUACUUAUGCCAGCUGAAUAGCAACAAUCUCUCUCCAGAAUCACAGACUCUGUCUUUAAGCUGUGAAAGUGAACCAACAUGCACAAUAAACCCCACAGCAGCUGUUUGAACUUGGCAAAGUGAGAAAAAAAAAAAGCACAUGUGGUCUUAUUAACAUUGAUGUUAUUCAGGCUUCUGGGCCCAGGUGUUGUGCAUGCUCACACACUGGCACUUGAAAUGGUGCUCUUGUUAGUGUUACACCUGUAUUUUCCUACUGUGACAAGUCAAUGUGUCUUCACUGAGGAAGGAGUUUCUGGAUGGAACAUGGUGCACACAUUCAGAGACUUAGUGGAAACAAAAAAAAACAGUAAAACACAAUUUCAGUGUUAGAGCUCAUUACAAUCACACAUUUUCCAUCAUCGCUGUAUUAAAACUUAGCGUGUCUCUAUAGUUACCUCCUCUGUCAAUCGUCCCAUUUUAAAACUGACUUAAAACAGUGCCAUGUAGUAGUCUUAGCAAAGACGUUUCUGAUUUCCUGAAGAACAGGGCAUUGUACAGUUAGACUGUAAUCGACUUAAGUGCACUGAUGAUAACCCCUGGGUUCUCUUUGUUUUCUCAAAACUGUGAAUUUGUUGGAAGACAGACACUCUGAAGGGGCGCUAAGAUGCCAAGUUAAACUGACUUAUCCUUCUCAAUGCCACUAGUGUACAGGCAGAUUGUAGUUUCAGAAAACUGUCAAAAACUAAAUUAUCUUCACGAAAUAGAAUGAAAAGAUUAUUUAUUCUUAAUGGCAUUGGAAGCACAGUGUGUAUGCUUGUGGUUGUCUGUGUGUGUGUGUGUGGGAGGGAGUUCCUGUCUGAUCAUUUUGUAUUUCAUAGCUCUUGGGGUGUUUUAAUCUCAGUAAUCGAUCAUACGGAUUAACAGAAGUCUGCUCUAUGUUAUUCAUAUUCAUAUAAGCGUGUGUUUUUGUGGCAUUUAUAAUCCAAAUCAUGCUGUCGUUUCAACAUGCCUCUCAAAUUCAGAGAUCAGUUUUGCUUUUGUGGGAUUUUUUUUGGCUCUUUUAACUGCACUGGCGGCGCGAAGAGGCAUUACUGUUGGAUUAUUUCUGUUUAAAAUGAACCAGAACUGUACAUAGACACAGAGCUUUUACAGAAAACCUUGUGGUUCCAUGUUCUGACGGAUGUGCAGCUUUGUGAUUUUUAAGCAUUUCGCACUUUAGCAGAAAGAAGAUACAAGAAUGUCCAACAUCCCUUUUUAUUAAUCAGUUUGAGAGUUCAGAUGUACAAACUGUUGAAUUAUUUAUUGCGUCAUUUAUUAUUGAUAAUAUAGAGCGUAAAUGCUGUACAGUAGAGAAAUUAUCUUUCCCAAAAAUCAAACUAUAUUAUGCAAAUGGUUUAUUCUGGUUACUAUCAUAAGGUUUAGUUGAAACUUUCAUCUUUAAAUUGUUGAUUUAAAUUCUUCCAGUUCUCCAUUUGUAGCUGUGUGUGCUCUGAUCCCUGAUGAAUUGCUUUAAGAACCUCUUCUCCCCUGUUUAGUCCUGUUAUUGUAUGAGUAUGUGUCAUGCAGGUAAAUGCAGCUAUGAAAAAAAAACGCUUCCGUUUAGUCUUGUGUUCACAGAUUGGUCUGCUGUGUCUGUGUUCUCAGAGUAGAUGAACUGCCUUUGCAUGUCAACAGUGUAGAUUCUCUGAUAUGCAUCAGUGCAACAUGCAACAUGUAGACCCAGGCUCAGCCCUAGUUGUUGUAAGUUUAAAAAAAAAAAAGAUCCCAAUUAGAAGUAAGCUAAGAAAAUAUUUAAGAAGUUAUAAUCAUCUGAAGGAUCAAAUUCAAGCAUGGACUCUCCCACUUAGCGUAUAAUCAAAUACAUUAUAGAGUUUAACAAAGAGUUAUGAUGGCCAAAAUGUGGAACGUUGUUUUUUUGUUUGUUUUGAAAGUCACUGCUGUUCAUUACAUUACAAGUGUCCUAUUCAUGCCUUUUGUCUUUUCUAUCGUUAAACUGCAUUGCCAGCACAAACUGUAAAUUGAUUUUAAUUCUCCAUAUUAAAUGUUAUUUUUUGUUAAUAAAUCAAUAUGUUCAUUA